GCGCAGGGUGGGAGGCGCUACCGCUCGAUUCUGGCGAAUUUAUGUUUGUGUACAUUGUUUCUAACCUAGAAGCUCAUAUUAAUAACAAAGAGAAUCUUUAGUCGGUCCUGAUUAAUUUAUGACGUCAAUAAGUCAAGAGAAUGAUGGAAGAAAAGUCAGAACUGCUGGUGGGUCUCACCGAGAAAAUAUCGAAUGGUCAUGAGUUGAUGAAAAAGUUAAAAACUCAAGAGGAUGUACGUGGAGUUGGAAAACUGAUCCGAAAAAUAAAUCAGGAAAUUCGUUUUCUUGAAAAGGUUCGUUCUACAGACAGUGUAAAAAGAGAGCAUCUCCAGAGUACCAAUUUAAUUCACCUGAGUGCUCUAGUGGAGCGACUAUUAAUCUCAAAAAAUCCCACUGAAGUCAUGAAGCCCUUCAAAAUCCCAGACUCAGACUCUCGUUUAACUGUUGAUAUUGUCUGCAACGGUGGAGCUACGUGGAUUAAGGUCAUUGCCAGAAACGCCCGGGCAUUGACUCUGAUAUCCCUGGGAAAUGGUGAAUAUGGACAGAAAUCUGUUUUGGAUCAAGCUGAGAGCUAUUUAAAAUGUGCUGCUGUGUAUCCCCAUCAUUACAAAUCACCGGAGAUUAUUUUUUAUUUCGCUUAUGGGAUAGAGACGUCACUUUCAUCGCAAUUAGAAGAGUUAGGGGUCCAGGUUGAGGGAGAAAAAAUUGAGGGUGGAGAGAUCUCUUCAUGGCCUGAGAGGCUAGAAGAAUCCGAGGAUGGAAUAAGCUCGUCGGGUGUGAACCCAGUACUCGAUGAUUCACAAAAUUCAGCUGUAAAAUUCCCAACAGAAUUAAAAAUUCACCUCGACUCUCCCAGGGCCGUCCCAUCAAACGCAGUAGAAACCCUGAAUCUGGACGUCUCUACACUCCUCGCAUACGUUAGUAACAUGACCAAUGGCUAUGACAACUUCAUAUAUUUGGAGUCUUUACUAACUCUGCAGGCGGAGUGGGAGAGGAACAGACCCCUGAAGCCCUUCUUGGAUCAGCUGUUCCAUGGGAAAUCGUUACAAGUUUGCAGGACAGCGUACAAAAAUUUCAUGGACAUUGUCAAUGUCAUUGGUGGGCCUCAAGAGACUGCGAGAAGUCAUGAGCUGAUGAGCAGGGUCGUGGUCGUUGAGGAUGCCACUGAGGGUAGAAUUUUGAACCUCUCCAUCGGUGGGAAAAUAAAACCACGAUCAAGACUGGUUUUUGCUACUGGUGAGAGCACCAGGAGCUUCACAGUUUCUGCUAAUGAGGGCUUCGUAAGGGCUGCCAGGAUGCAGGAAAUUGAAUGCACGGCAAUACUCCACGAGCCCAGAUCACUGUCGGAGCUGAAAGAAAAAUGCGCAAAACGAAUCGACUCAUGAUUCAGGUGUACAAAUUUUUUAUGCGCAUUCAUAAGUCAUGGCUUUAUUGUCAAACUACUGAAUAAUUUGUAAAUACAAAUAUUUAUAAUUAACUCUCUCUAAUUACAUUGUUAAACGAUUGAUUCUUCGUCCUGUGCGCCAUCGUUUGGAUUUUCUUUCAACGCUUUUUCGAAAUCUGGAAAACAAAUUAUAAUACAUAAAAAGAUUUACUAUAGAAUAUUAGGCACAAAAUAUAUCAUAUCUAUAAAUAUUACGAGCCAUUAAAACUAUAGUCAAUUUAAAAAUUUUAAAUACGAGAGAAUGAAGUAAGAAUAAUAUUUGAAUUUAAAUGACCUUCAAUGUAUUUAGAGAAUCGAGGGAUUCUUUCCUUGGAAAGUUUGAUAAACUCGUCUCUCUUCUGAUGAUUUCCCAAAUAAGCGUAACACUUGGCACUGUUUAGAAGUGCUUUUAUAUUGGAAUCAUUGACCUUCAGGGCCCAUUCGCAGUCCUGCAGGGCUUUUUCGUAUAGCCCCAGCCUCAUGAAGGAGAGUGCACGAUUAUUCCAAAUGACUGUUGAGUCUUUUCUCUGCUCAAUAGCCUUUCCAUAAUAAGUAACAGCUUUCUCAUAAUCACCACUAUCAAACGCCCCAUUACCGAUUCUCUUGUAGGUGUCGGCCCUCUCGUUUCUCUUCUUUCUGUCCUCGGCACGUUCUUGAGCGUCUCUCUCCAUUGUUUUCAUAAAUGCCUCUAAAUUUGUUGAAAAAAUCGUCACAAUACCUCGGAAUUCACAGAAAAAUAAACAA